CAGAGCCGCUCACACUUAGCAACUGCACGCUCACCAUGGCUCUCGUCGGCGUUCUGUUGGCAGCCCUGGCCGUGGGCCUGCUGCUCUACCUGCUGCUGGUCGCCAUCUCCAGGCCUGACAACUUCCCACCAGGCCCGCCCCCGAUGCCGAUAUGGGGCAACUACGUGCAGAUGCUGCUGAUCAACUACAAGUACCCGUACAAGGUGCUGGACCUAAUGACGCGCUUCUACAAGAGCAAAGUGAUCGGCUUCUACUUCGGGGACUCGCCUGCCAUCGCCGCCUGCGAUUACCAGUCGGUGAAGGAGGCGCUCAACAACCCGCACCUCCAGGGACGUGUCGUUAACAUCGGGCUCAAGCACCGCAUGUUCGGCAAGGAACUAGGCAUCUUCUUCACAGAGGGCCCUCGCUGGCUGGAGCAGAAGCGCUUCUCGCUGAGAAACAUGCGGGACUUCGGGUUCGGCCGCCGCUCUGAGAAACUGGAGGCGGAGAUCGCGGCGGAGCUGCGAGACUUGGUGGAGCUGAUCCGUGGAGGCCGCGAGGACCAGGCGGUGGUGCGGCCGUCGUCAGGCGCGAGCAGCGUGCUGCUGCCGGAGGUGCUGACGCCGGUCUUCGUCAACGGCCUGCUGCCGGUGUACGCGGGGUCGCGGCUGCCGCGCUCGGCCGACGAGACGGCGCGCCAGAUGGGCCGCGCCGCGCUCCAGUUCCAGAAGUCCAGCGACACGACGGGCGGCUUCCUCACGCUGCACCCCUGGCUGGCGUGGCUGGCCCCCCGCCUCUCCGGAUACCUCGACCACACCGAGGGCUCCGACAAGAUGCGCCGCUUCCUCGAGCCAUAUAUUGAGGAGCACAAGAAGACCUACUCCGACGACUACAUGCGAGACUUCAUCGACUCCUAUCUGCGCGAAAUUGGGGAGCGGGAGAAAACCGGAGAACCGACAACGUUUACCAUGGAUCAGCUGUCCCUGAUCCUGCUGGACUUCUUCUUCCCGGCGGCCUCAGCACUGUCGGCCACCCUGACCUGGACGCUGAUCUACAUGGUCCACCACCCGGAGGUGCGGAAAAGGGUGCAGGAGGAGCUGGACGCAGUCGUGGGCCGCGGGAGGCUCCCCACUCUAGAUGACCGUCCCAAUCUGCCCUACACAGAAGCGACGAUACGGGAGGUGAUGAGGAUCCGGACCCUCACUCCCAUCUCUAUUCCCCAUAAGGCCAUGGAAGACACUACUCUCCAGGGUUACAGUGUGCCCAAAGGUACCGUUGUGAUAACCUGCUUAUAUAGCAUGCACAUGGAUGGAGAUCUAUGGGGUGAUCCAAAGACCUUCAGGCCUGAGAGGUUUUUGGACAGUGAUGGAAAACUUGGCAAGAAAGACUUUACUCUCCCAUUUGGGGCUGGUAAGCGGCUGUGUGCCGGAGAGACUUUUGCCCGGCAGAACUUAUUCCUCACGUUCUCGACACUCAUGCAGAACUUCUCAAUCAAGUCAGAUGGUGUGCCCCUGCCAGACAGCAACAUUCCUGGCAUCAUUGAGACGGCUCCUGCAUUUUGGGCACAGUUCGAGUCUCGCUGAACGAACACUGGUGACUAUUAUGCGGAGAUACUCAGGGUUCUGUAGGAUCCACCAAUGCAGGAGUACACACUCAUCUAUUUGCUUUAUAUACAGGAUACUGACACUCGCAUGAUGAUGUGAGUGGGUGUUCAACACAAAGACUGCAACCCAGGACAAUAUUAAUGUAAAAUUAACACGAAGUUGUGCCAAUAUAGUCUUGGACACUCCGAAGUCAACAGUUUUUAUAGGUUUAUUUAGCUUUCUUAGUGGAUAAAACUAAUUUGAGAGGACAAACCUCAUGAACUUGCAGGUAACAAUGUCUAUCAAACGACGACUGUCACAUUGGCAAAGAUCUAUUCUAUUUGUGUUGCUAGCAGUCAUACAUUUGCAGCAUUUGUGAAUGAAGAGGGGAAGCACAAAAAUUUUCAUGUUCAGUGUAAGUGCCAUUGUGUUAAUCAACUUUAUCACUGCUACGAGAGCAAGUACUUCACAAAAAGUUUGCCACUGAUUUACUGAUUUUCUGGUAACUUAUUUUCUAUCUGGAAUCGACACACUGUAUUCAAAGUGUAACCUUUAUGUUAGAAAUGAUAACGCAUGUGGUAAAUGAUGCAUAAAUGUUCAAGAAAGACACAGAGGUUAGAUGGGUAGUAACAAGUGUUUGUGCCUCAUAUGACUUCCUUUCUCCAAAUCAUGUGUGAGUGUACAUUACGUUUACAGAGCAAGCUGCAAAAUUUUUGGUAGCUUAUGAAGGAUAGACAUCUACUUUGUUUCCUGUUUCUGAGGGAUAUCAGAGAAUGUGAUUACUAUUGAGACUAGAGCUAGACAGACAACUGACUGCAAUAGUUACCAGGUAUAUAAGAGACAAGCGAGUGGGGAAAAUUCUUUGUUGUAAAAACAUUAUAAAUCCUGCUUGAAUGUACAGACCCUAAGACCAUGUUAUCAAUUAAAAUUUAAUACUCAAGAAAUCAUGUAAUUCUUGAUAUGCCCAGACAAAAUUCUCCUGCUCACAAAUGAAGUAGAGUAUGUUCACACACAGCAUACUCACCAGUGUUGUAGGAAGUUACAUAGCAGCCAGGAAAGAGAACCACAGGUAACCAGCUGCAACACAGGGGGUUAGAUUCAUUACACUAUGCACAGAAUGUGUACAAUCAUGAAAUUGUUUAUCUCAAAAAGUUAAUACCUAAUAAGUAAGAUAACUAUUUUGCAGAAAAUGUUACAUGUUCUUAAUAACUAGCAUUAUUUACAGUGAUUGGCUGUUUCUUUUAUUUUCUGUGACAUUUUACCUGUAAAAUAACUUAUUUUCAGCACAGUGUUCGCUAAACAGUGUCAGUAACUUUAAAGGCAAAUACUGAAUUUCGUAUUUUAGUAAUUUGUUUUCUUAAGAUAGAGCAUUAUUUUACUGUCUAGUACAUGUUUCUUAUAAGCUACAAAUAAAAUGUCAAUUUUAGAUGAAUAAAGUGAUUGUGAAUACAUGA